UACCCGCUGAUGCAAAUGAGACAUUAGUCAGAAUCUACUCAGAAGUGCAGUCUGUUCUGUCCAGGGAGUCAUCCUCUUCCCAGCCUCCUUCGCUCCUCCCCCUGUCCAAUGACCUACGCAGUAUUUGAGCCUUCGGGAGAGUAAAGAAAGCCAGACAUUAGUGAGAGGGUUGGGCGAGACACUGUUACCCUAACCGACUCCUGCUCCAAAACCACUGCAGAUACCCAGGAAGCUUGAACUUUGCCAUCAAGAUUUUGGUCAUCAUCACGCAUUCAGUUAAUUUCACUAUUCAGUUCAUCACUUGAGGUGGAAAAGAUGACUCCAAUAGUGUAUUGGAAGCACUGAUGUUGGUUUCUGAGGAAGAAUUUGCUCCAUGCUUAUUGUUUCUUCAGGUAGUGUUUUUGUUACGCUCUUAGGAGUUUAUUACUGUUUGAUUUUUUGAUUUCCCAACGUUACGCUCCACUGGAAUACCAUCACUCCUUUCUUUGAACUUUCUCAAACCGCCUUCACAAAUGCUGACUGAACCGUAUGGAGCCAUGUCCAUGGGGUCAGAUGUCCGAGAUUUGACCCUCUUACCGCCAGCACCUCCCAUGCCAUCCUUACCAGGAGCUGGUGGCAGCUGUGGAAUGUCUGUUGGCAGCGGCCAAUGGACCCAACUGCUGGACCUCCACCCUGGCUCUCCCUACAGCUCCCUGCCUUCCCACCACUCCCUCAUCAAGCAGGAACCAGGUUGGGGGACCACUGACUCCAUAGAGGACCCUCACUGUGGACUCGGGGCCUUCACAGUGCAUUUCUCAGGCCAGUUUAAAGGGUCAGGCCCCUGUCGGGUUGGGGCCUUCGGAGAACCAACAGCAGGUCAACCCAGAGUGUUUCCCAAUAGAACCUACCUGCCUAGCUGUGUGGACAGUCCCCCUGCACCCAGGAAUCAGGGUUAUGGAGCAGUGGGUUUAGACAGCAACCCCAGUUAUGGUCACACUCCGUCUCACCACACUCCUCAGCUCUCCAGCCUGUCCUUCAAACACGAGGACACGCUCUCACCCCCAAACAACAUAGUUGACCAGCAGUACCCGCCUCCUCCUCCCAUGUUUGGUUGCCACAAUCCUUCAGAAUCCUGUCCGAGCAACCAGGCUCUGCUGCUGAGAAACUACAACAGUGGCCAUACAACCAGCUAUGACAGUGACCCCACAGUCCCACCUCCACCCAUGCUUGUCAGUGCCCAGUACCACAUACACACACACGGUGUCUUCAGAGAACUACAAGAUGUCAGACGGGUACCUGGCAUUGCUCCUCCAGUUGUGAGGUCAUCAGAGCCCAGCGAGAAGCGUCCAUUUGUAUGUGCUUAUCCUGGCUGCAGCAAGAGAUAUUUCAAACUGUCACAUCUGCAGAUGCAUGGCCGCAAACACACAGGAGAAAAGCCUUACCAGUGUGAUUUCACAGACUGUGGCCGCAGAUUCUCUCGCUCAGACCAGUUAAAGAGGCACCAGCGCAGACACACAGGAGUGAAGCCCUUUCAGUGCGAGACAUGUCAGAGAAAGUUUUCACGGUCAGAUCAUCUUAAGACGCACACUCGGACUCAUACAGGUAAAACAAGUGAGAAGCCCUUCACCUGCCGCUGGUCCAACUGUCAGAAGAAGUUUGCCCGCUCUGACGAGCUGGUGCGCCACCACAGCAUGCACCAGAGGAACCUGACCAAGCUGCAGCCUGCCAUCUGAACAGAGAGAAGAGGAGGAGGAGGACGAAGACAGUAUGUUGUGCCAGCUAGUAGGGAAAGACGCCUGGAGCCUGGUCAGUGGUUAUGGUGCCUGGUCAGACUCGCUGCAAUGCUGAGCAAAGCUGAUGCCUCCCUCGGCCAGACAGACGGCGUCAGGAGAAUAGACUCGCUGAUGAUACAGGAGAUCUCCAAGACGCACCUCAACUAGCACUCGCUUAUUUGACCUGAAAACUCAGACUCUGAGAGGGUACAAUACCACAGUAAUUCUGAGCCAAGAAGAAGAUUUUUUUUUUAUGUGAUAUGAGGAAAAUGUUGAUACACUAUUUUGGAAAUUUUAGUACACUUGCACUGGCUUCUUGUUUUAUCGUUAAAAUUGUGUCACCUUGAAAAUGUGCUGGACCAUGUAAACUGGAUUUAGGAAAUGGACAAAUUGUCACUUUUUGUCCAUUAAGUUGAACACAGAGAAUUUUACAGUACACAGGAUACUCACCAAAUUGCUUUGUAUAUACAGUAUUUGUAUUUGCUCACAUUAAUAGACAUUCCUUUUGUAUUUUCUAUUUUUUUGUAAGUUUAUAAAAUGUUGAUUCGCAUCGGUAUCGAGAAUAAAAGUGUGUAUUUGUGUGUGACAGAGACGGAAAGAAGAGGUGUUG